GUCCAAACUUUGGCGGACUUUUACCUUCCGUCAGCGAGGGAUUAUUUCCCCUCCCUCUUCCGCCCACCCCGUGAUUCUACUUUUGCUUAUGACAACUUCAGCCGCUACUUUUUUUCCUUGGAGGCUCUGUGCAAGAACAACAACGACCAUGUCUUUAACAAAUGGCGACAAUGAAGCGUGGGACUCACACAACAAGAUGAUGUUGGAACCUCUGUCUGUCAAUGACGCUGAGGUCUUCUCUAUUAUUAAAAAGGAGAAGCACAGACAGACGUAUGGCCUGGAGCUGAUUGCCUCAGAGAACUUCACCAGCAGAGCUGUUCUCGAGGCUCUGGGGUCUUGUAUGAACAACAAGUACUCUGAAGGCUAUCCUGGUCAGAGAUACUAUGGUGGAACUGAGCAUGUUGAUGAGCUGGAGAGACUCUGCCAGAAGAGGGCGCUUGAGGCCUACGGUCUGGACUCUGACAAAUGGGGCGUGAACGUGCAGCCAUAUUCAGGUUCUCCCGCCAAUUUUGCUGUUUACACCGCCAUUGUGGAACCGCAUGGGAGAAUCAUGGGCCUGGACCUUCCUGAUGGAGGUCACCUGACACAUGGUUUCAUGACUGAAAAGAAAAAAAUCUCCGCAACGUCCAUCUUCUUUGAGUCCAUGCCGUACAAGGUGAAUCCCGAAACUGGUUACAUCGAUUAUGGUCGACUGCAAGAAAAUGCUCGCCUCUUCCAUCCCAAACUCAUCAUUGCAGGAACAAGCUGCUACUCCCGUAACCUCGACUACGCCCGUAUGAGGCAGAUCGCCAACGAGAAUGGCGCGUAUCUGAUGGCCGACAUGGCGCACAUCAGCGGACUGGUGGCCGCCGGAGUCGUGCCGUCCCCCUUUGACUGCUGUGACAUGGUUACCACGACGACGCACAAGACGCUGCGCGGCUGCAGAGCUGGACUGAUAUUCUUCAGGAAAGGUCAAAUCUCUUCCGUCAUCAAAUCUUUGAGUUAUCGAGCAUGUCGUUUUAUUUUCAUCCGUUUGUCUUCAGGUGUGCGCAGCGUGGACGCCAAGGGGAAGGAGGUUCUGUACAAUCUUGAGUCGUUAAUCAAUCAGGCCGUCUUUCCGGGGCUGCAGGGUGGACCACACAACCACGCCAUCGCAGGUGUCGCCGUCGCUCUCAAACAAGCCAUGACACCAGAGUUCAAAGCUUAUCAGAUGCAGGUUCUUGUCAACUGCAAAGCUCUCUCCGCUGCCCUCGUUAAGCACGGCUACAAGAUUGUCACUGGUGGUUCCGACAAUCAUCUGAUCCUAUUGGACCUGCGCAACAAAGGAACCGAUGGAGGACGAGCUGAGAAGGUUCUGGAAGCUUGCGCUAUUGCUUGUAAUAAGAACACCUGUCCAGGAGACAAAAGUGCUUUGCGCCCCAGUGGACUGAGGUUUGGCUCUCCAGCUCUGACCUCCAGAGGCUUGGUAGAAGAUGACUUCAGGAAAGUGGCAGACUUCCUUCACAGAGGUAUUGAGCUGACCUUGGAGGUGCAGAGAAGUCUGGAUCCUAAGGCCACUCUAAAGGAGUUCAUCCAGGCAUUGGCCAAGGAAGAAAAGUUCCAGCUGCGUGUGACUGAGAUCAAGGCAGAAGUUGAAGCUUUUGCUGGUCAUUUUCCCAUGCCCGGCCUCCCUGAGUUAUAAAUCAUGAUGACUCAACUGAUACUUGCAAACUAAUGCACACAACCUUGCAGGAGGAAUUCCUGCAUACGAUAUCUUUGAUACGCACCUUACGUCUUUGGAUCAAAACACAUUUCAGUACAAGCAGCCUUACAAUGGUUUUUUUUUGUUUUUUAAUGUGACAUCAUCCGCUGCUGAUUUCAAUGUUUCAGAUACAUUUAAGCUUCAAUAUUCAUUAAAAUCCUCAAAGUUCUCCUUGUCUUA